GCUCAGUCGUUCGAGCGCCGCGGUCGCGGACGGACGUUGCUGGCCCGGGCUUGCCGGGGCCGUCAGCGUCAAGGCCACGGCCACGGGAGAGGUGACCGCCGCAGCCGCCGCAGCCGCCAGCGCGCACUUCGCCUGAGACGCGGUGACCUGAGGAGAAGGAGGAGGAGGAGGGCAGAGGAGCGCCUCAGCCCCUGGAGUCGAUAUGAAGCCCGAUGGUGACGCCCCGCCGGAGGGCGGCGAGUGGGAGCCCGAGGAGCUGCUGGUGGCGCUGACGCAGCUCGUCACAGAGGGCCGCACUCCCGAGGCCUCCGUGAAGGGCCGCGCGGAGGGCCCGCACUGCCCCCAGCGCGCGGCCAGCCGCCACGGCACGCACUGUGUGCAGCCUCGGCAGCGAACAGGUGAGCGUGGGUGCCGGCUGUACCAGCUGACCCGCGCGCGGGUGCUGCUGCUGUGGAGGAACGCCGUUCCCGUCAUGGUGGAGGUGGGUCUGCGCGCCGGCUGCUGCGCGGGCGGCGAGCGGCACGGCGGGACCUGCGGCUCCGAGGCCGGCGACGCCGAGGGGGGCCCCUGCGGUCGCGGGUCGCUGCUGCUCGAGCGCUGGGCCCUGCACCUGGCGCCACGCAGGCCGGGCGAAGGAGCCGUGUCGGAGGGGACUCUGCUGCAGGCGGUGCGCUCCUACAUCCACUUCUCCCAGCUGAGCGCUUGGCUCAGUGCCGCGCACGGGAAGCUCAACCACUCCAUCUUCUAUCGGGUGUGCGCGCCGGGCGAGGCCACGCAGCAGGACUUUGCCGAGUCCCCGGAGGAGCACGUGUUCCCCGUGCCGGCGCUGGCCUGCACGCGCACGCUGCGCGUCUCCGUGUCGGCCCUGCCGCGCCUGCCCGCCCCGCCGGCCGUCCAGUGCCGCGUGCACGCUCCCCUCCGCCCCGCCGCCGCCGCCGCCUCCUCCUCCGCCGUCUUCUCCGCCGGCGCGGCGGAGCCCGGCGCGGCGGAGCCCGGGGGCGGCGCCGCGGCUCCGCCUCGACGGCGCGGAGGAGGGCGACGCGGAGUCGGAGCUCGCGUGCCGCGCCGAAUACGACCGGUUCGUUCCCGAGGCCGAGCGGCGGCAGCAGAAGGCGGUGGGCAAGAUGGUGCUGACGUACAUACGCUCCAACGGCGCGGCGUGCGAGCGGUGCGACUGCUCCAGGACUGCCGGCUGCCGGCGGCGAGAGUGCCCGGAAGACGCCGCGCCUCACCACACGUGCUGGCCCAGGCCCGCCGGGCAGCCCUACAGGUGCCCGCCGGAAGCGUCCGCGGAGAGGAGGACUACGGGCGGCCUGCGCGGCGCGCUGUCCAAGAACUACUCUGUGAUCGCCGACCUGCUGCCGCGUCGGCCGCCACCGCCGCCGAACCAACGUCGGAGUUGGCGCGGGAGGCGAAGGAGAGCUCGCCGCUCGGCUCCAUCUACCAGAGCCGCGAGAUCAUCUCGAGCAUCGCGCAGCAGAUCGACCUGUGCGAGCUGGAGACGUCGCUGCGCGCCGUGCGCCUGGGCGCCGCCCGCGACCUCCGCCGCAAGGCCGAGUCCCCGCCGGCGCCCGAGCGGUGCCGGCCCGGCGCGGCCCCCGAUGGCACCGCCGCCCCCCCGUCGUCCUCCUGGAGGAACCUGAAGAACGCGGGCGACGCUCGCGCCGGCACGCCGCCGCUCACGCCGCCGCUCACGCCCGUCGAGGCGGCGCUCGCGGGCGACGAGCCGGAGCGGUGGACGCCGCACGGCGAGGAGCCGGCGCCGGACGGCGCUGCGGGGGGCCGAGGGGGGAGCGAAACCCCUGUGUCGUCGCGCGGAGCCGCCCUGCCGCUCAAAUCGCGCGUAAAGCGCAAGCUGCUGCCGUCGCCAUCGCCGCACAGACCUAAGGCCGCGGCGGCCGUGGAGGCGGCGAGGGCCGCGGACCCCUGCCAGUCCCCGCCGGCCAAGUGCGGCGUGGCCCGCCCGGGCACCUUGCCGCUCGACGGCGUCAGGACUUCCCCCCGGCCGCCCGGCGGCCCCCUUACCCCUGCGGCGCCGACGACGAUUCCCGCGCUGGUGCCGGCCGCGUCCACGUGCUACUUGGCCUCGUCGCCGGGCAUCCCCGCCGGGCAGAGCGCGUCUUGCCAGCUCGUCUACGUUGUGCACUCGUUCCGGGGCAUCGCUCACGCCGCCGGCUGCUGGAUAACGGUGCCCAGCCGCCGCUGCUGCUGCUGCCCGCCGCCGCCAUCGCCUUCCACCCACGCACCGGCCUGCCAGGCCGCCUCCAGCCCAGUGCCCUUCAGGAAAGGGAUCUCCGGGCGUUUCGACCUGGACGCUUCGCUGCUGCACAAGAACGGGCACGUGAAGAGCCCCAAGGUGGUGGCGCCCGCGGACGAGCAGAGCGGCCGGCAGCCCCCCGCGCCGCACGGCCCCGGCAGCAGCCCACGCUGCCUCCUCGGCAACUUCGAGGAGUGCGUGCUGAACGCGCGGCUGCCCGCGCUGGGCUCGGUGGCGGGCUUCACGGCGGAGCUGGGCGCCAGCGGCUCCUUCUGCCCCCGCCACGCGGUGCUGCCCGUGCACGUCUCCUUCUUCUCGGUGGCCCACGACGGGGCCCCCUCCCCCUACCUGGGCGUCCUCGGCCUGCGCUCCCACGGCUGCCGCGGGUACCACGUUCCGCGAGCCGGCACCAUACAAGUGACGCUGUUCAACCCCAACAAGACAGUGGUGAAGAUGUUCGUGGUGAUCUACGACCUGCGCGACAUGCCGGGCGGGCACCACACCUUCCUGCGCCAGAGAACGUUCUCGGUGCCCGCGGCACGAAGGGCGGGGGCGCCCGCCGUGCCCGCCACGCCGGGCCCCGGCCCCCACGCCCGCCACGGGACCAACGGGCCCUUCCGAUACCUCAUCCACCUGCGGUUCCUGAGCUCCAAGUCGGGCAAGAUCUACCUGCACUCGGACAUCCGGCUGCUCUUCUCUCGCAAGUCGAUGGAGAUCGACUCGGGCGCGGCGUACGAGCUCAAGUCAUACACGGAGACGCCGCAGAACCCGCGCUACUCCCCACGGCUCUGAUGCCCCCCCCCCUCGGCCUUCACGAGCCCCCCCACCUCCCACCCCUCCCCCCUCCCUCCAUGACCACGACCCACCUCGCGGCGUGACCCGAGUUGGAUUUCCCGCUCACGGCCAACGCCAGCGACGUAUGUCCGCACCUCCGAUGAGCACGGAUGGCUACGUGCGGCGCGAAAGAAGUUCGACGUGCAUACACACGGCACCGGUGCGGCUUCACGUCAACCCAAACCACCGGGGGUGUGGCCAGAGGGGGGAGACUGCAGAGAUCUCCCGUGUCCCCGAGGUUCGGUGACGCGUAGCUGAGAGUGAAAUUAUUUAAGUUCAGGACAGGAAGUGAAAGUGUCUAGAUUUCUGGGUGGUUAGAGUCGGUGCGAUGAGACGUGUGUUUGAGAUGCCGGGCGGGCGCGAGAGCGGAGCUGGUGCAUGGCGGCUCUGGGUGGUUUUGUGCAACGCCGCGUGGGGCCCCCGGGAGUUCAUGUCGCUCACCCACCACUCGCCCGUCGCUCGCCCAUCGCUCGCCCGUCGCUCGCCCAUGCCGUGUCUCCAUCUCGUCACGUCACACAUUCCGUCACACGUUUACUUUUUGAAAAAUAAUUGAGUUGCACUCGCGGAACUACAACUUAGUUUAUUUUUCAUGCUUCAUUUCAAUAGCAGAUUAAUACGUACAAAAUUCAGUCGGAUAAAGAAUCCACAUUUUUUAUGUGAGAUAAUACUAAUACUUAAAUAACAACAAGAAAGGUAGAAAAACAUUUUGAGACCUAACUAAGGAAGUCCCACACCCCGCAUCGACACGCCAUUCCCAGUGCCACGUCAGGGCCCCGCCUCUCAGAUGGCCGCAGGCAGAGACACAACUUGGACUUUUUUUUAAAUAGCCACGGCAUCUUAAAGAGUAUGUGUUGUUGCCAUUUUUAAUCUCAUUUGCACGCGAGCCGUCCCGUGGCUUUACCAAGCAACGUAAGCGGUGUCACCCGGUCCGUUAGCUGGUCCAUCAACCGGUCCAUCAGCCGGUCCGUUACCCGGUCCAUCAACCGGUCCAUCAACCGGUCCGUUACCCGGUCCGUUACCCAGUCCGUUACCCAGUCCAUCAGCCGGUCCGUUACCCGGUCCGCUACCCGGUCCGCGCGUUCUUGCUAACUUCGCUCCAGUGACGUGUACGGUGGCACAGGCGUGGCGGUCUACGUCUGGAAUGCCGAUUCGUCGUUAAACACUCGACAGGAAUUGGUUCACAUCCCAAGCUGGUCCCUUCAUGAAAAACAGCCUUGGGACUCUGCCGGGUGAACAAAGCCGGUACACGUCCAUGCGUUGCAGUGCAAUUUGGUUUUAUACAACGAUCGGAGAGAUGAGUGUCCGGACGUUGAGGGCACUGUAAUUCCAUUUACCAAUUGGCGUAGUAGAGAGCAGAAUACAUACUAUUACACUUGUUCAAAUAAUUACGGUGGGAACCCUUAUGAAUAGAAGGGAACUCUCUCGUGACUCCCCACUCAUCUCCCCACUCACCCACUCAUCUGCCCUCUCAUCUCCCCACUAAUUUCCCCAAGCAUCUCCCCUUUCUGUCUCUCCUCGCACCCCCCCCCCCCCCCUCGUGCGUUGCACAAAAGCUCAGCUCCAGCCUUGGCGUUGGAGACAACGCUUUAAUACUCACCACCGCUCGCAGCCCGAGACCGCUCCGGCAUCUCCGUCUCUUCGCCGGUGGGGGUUUCGGUCAACGUGAGUGACGGCGCGUCCGGGAUGACGACACUUGGGGGUGGUUCUCCGCCGCGGUCGUUUCUCUCUCAAGCGGCCGUCCCUUGGGGGCCGGCGCGGCGCGUGGGAGCGUCGACAGAGCCAAGGAGCCGCAGUCGGAGCAGUCAGGCAAUGAGGGCUCCAAAUGUGGCAACGUCUUGGAUUCUUGUACAGAGCCUGGAAGGUCCCGGGCUCUCCACCGAGCCUCCUGACCUUUUUGCCGUAGACAUCCGGAAUUGCUCACCAAGACCUCCAGGGAGUGUCCUCCAGAUCUACCCCCCUCCGAUUGCUCCGAGUCCACUCGGAGCAAGGUCACCUGAGUAUUUACUGAGCCGAUACCUGAAGGUAUCAUUUCCACCGCCCACGAUACCAGGGUUAUAUACCAGUAUGGCAAUCUCAGAAGGGCUAUUAUUGACACUUUUUUUUUUAAUCAAUCUUGGUGUUGCAUCUCCAUUUCAGGGCCGCGAUGCCUUUUGAUUGCUAAGUUGAAUAGGUGUUGGUCAAUAUACGGAGUUACCUUCUUAACAUUGGGCAAUACCUCGUGUUGAGCAAUGCUAAUCAAUAGUUAUUUUUUUAAAGCGAUACCCAGUAUCAGAGCGAGACUUAAAACCAGUUGAGCCGGGGCCAGAUGUUUCACUCGUCACUGCCACCCGAGGUGGGAUCAUGUUAGAACUUCCACUUCCUUUAAGUGGCCGGCCAACAGUCAAUUACGCGACAACCGUUUGAAACGAGCAGGCCAUCGCAUAAUUCACUCUCGGUAGCCAACUAAAAGUUCGUGUUGCCUCGUGCGGUUACCGGUUACUGAUCUGGCCCCCCCCCCACCCACCUCGGGGCAUCGCGCCGCGGUACUGGGGAUGUCGGUGCGGCUCUGCCAAAUCGCCCGCCGGAGCCGCUCGCCGCGCCGCGCCGCUCGGGACCAGGGAAACCCUUAGGACGGCCGCCACGCCAAUAAGCGUCGACCUCGGAGCGACGGCGCGAGAGACGGAAUAUGCAGGCGAGGGGGCUCGGUGGGUCAAGCGGGGGAGGCCGUUUUGUUUUUACUAUAAUGUUUUUUUUGGAGUGGAAAGAGAAGAGUAAAUUAGUUUUCAAAAGUGCAAUUCUUAAAUACUUUACAGUACCCGCAGAUUUUGACGCGCGUGUUUUCCCCUCGCGUUAGAUUUGUCACUUUAGCGUCGCCACAUGACCGCGGGCGCCCGCCUCGCCCAGAGUUUCCGUUUUUCGCGGGACGUUAUUCCUGUAGAUUGUGUGACCUGAGCCGAGUGCUUUUGUUUUUUCUUUCUAAUUUAUUUUUUAUUAUUGACAAGUAUAGCCUAUAAUUUAUAUGUUAACUUAAGUAAACCGAUCGCUAGGUUGAUCCGUCGUUUGUUUUUAUCGCGAGUCUCGCCGGGGGCUUGAAGCACGGCGAGGAGUCGUCUGCCGUGUGCGCUCGUGGCAGCGCCGCGGCUGCAACGCGGCGCUGCGGGUCGCAGGCGUGGAAGGACAGCUUUGGCUACGAACAUCGCUUUUGUGUGUGCACUGGGCAGGCUGCUUGUUACCCGAAGAAAAUCCAACAGUUUUAAAACGUUAAAAACUCGAACCUUGCAGUAACACAGAGGGGUCAUCAUCAUUGUCAUUUUAACGAUUCGAGGGAAGCGGGGCGGCGCAUUGCUGAGCGCACCGCACGAUGAACGCCGGUGACCCGCGUUACAUUCCCUGCCACAGCUAACAUCAUAUCUGAGCCCGGUGCUGGGCCCUCUCUCUCAACUUAUAAAUCCGUGCUAACCACCGUGGUACCGGUCGCACAACCCCCACGAUCGACGCGGCACGGGGGAGGCCUUCAUCCGGCAGUCGGCUGACAAAGGGCUGUAAAUUAUCGUCCACGACGACUCGAGGCUGCCCCCCCCCCCCGUUCCACGCCGCUUGUGCGUUGCGCGCACGGCCGGACGCGAGGAAUGUUCUUUGUUGGACCGUACUCGGCUGUGUCCGCAGGCGGGGAAGGACAGUUCCCCUCCGGGUCAUUUGCACACACUGGGGGGAUCAACUCCCACUCGCGCCGCCCAGUAAGUUCCCGCAGGACGUUGCCGCCAAAGAUCAUCGUCUGCUGGACGUUGAAGGCCCUGUCAAAUCAUGACAGUGGGACGUCGCGUGCCAGUGUCGUAGAACUAAUCCCGAAAUGGCAAAAUUGCCCACAGCUACAACGUUAUAUUUUAGUUUGUUUUAAAGAUUAAAAGAAAAAUACUUUUAAAAAAAUGUUCCGUUUUGAUUGGUGGCGGGAGGCGUCUGUCUUGGUGAAGAAGUGAUUUUCACCAGGCUCUCGCCUGGCUGAGUGAAACGUGUUAAAUUAAAGUUGCCAAUGCUGCGUCAACCUCUCGUUCGUUUACUUUGUAAUAACGUGAGAGCCCGUUGAGUUGAAAUGGCUUUUCAAGGGGCCACCUCAAGACACUGCGUGAAUAUUGCCUCUUCAUCUUAGUAUUUAAAUCGUAGAAAAAAUAAACCCCAAGUUUUGGUUUUCGGCUAUAAAAAUGUGGUCAUGAUGGCCGCUAUGGUGCUCCCACGCUUCCCAAUGCGGACAACCCAAGUUGACGAGCCACUGGCCCUCUCCCCAGGGUCUCCCCAUUGCCGUGAAACUUUGUGGAUGUCUCGGCGUUACUUCUCCUUGAGAGUGGACGCGAGCAUCUCCCAGCCGAAGAUGCUCGCUGCACCACGCUGCUGUGAGCCACGUGGCCACGGCUGUGGUCCAAUCUCUUCCUCCACCGUGGCUCUUUGUGCCCAGGUAUAGCGAACCUCCUCUGUCGGAGGGAGCCCAAUGGGAACAUCCGCGUGUGAAGAACGUUUGGGAAGUGUGACGCUGGUUGAGGGCCCCCAAUUGCCACGUGGCCACUGCUGGGAGUCUUGAUUUUGGUGGGGCUCUGCGUUUAGGUCUGCUUAACAAGAUCACGUUAGCGAGAGUUCGUUUGUGAUGGAAACCAAUAGGCUUAUUGGAAACAGAUAUGACGAAUUGUCACCUACGUCACUGAAUCCCAAAUGGACCACUUCCAAGUUGAUACAAUUUUUUUUUAUCUCAUCUUGAUUCGGAGCUGCUAGAGUUUUAAGCAAUUUUUAAUUUGUGAUUUAUUUUAUUUAGCAAUCCGGCUUCAACAGAGUGAAUUUUUUUCGUGGUAUUAAAUCGUUAUUUGUUCAUACAAGAGCAAUUUCUCUUUCGACCAAAGAUUUUAUUCCUCCCAUAUUCAGCUCUGUCACUCUCAUUAGAACUUUAGCAAUUGUUCAGUUUACAGUGGUCGUCUCUUUCUCCCAGUGUCAGCUCUCACACCCCUCGUAAUCCGUUUAAGAAAGUGGUUCGCAAUGCCUGUUCACGAAACCUUGACGUCCGUCAAUAUAUAUACUACCAGGGUCACCCCGAGCGCAACGCAAUCUCUGUGCCAAACUCACCAUAUUGCUGAACGCGCGCGUGGGGGCGAACGAACGAUUUCUUUUGCAGCGUUGACGAGAGGGCCGCAUGGCUCAACCCGACAUCCGUUGUGCUCGUGAUCUCAAGACCAUUCCAAGUCCCAUGACCUGGUCGCAGUCCAUUUGGGGUCGGCAGAUUGAGUGCCACCCGGUGAGGCUGCCCCACUUGGCAAGAAGUCAACACACAGAGGUCGUUGUUUGAGCAUUGGCCCCAGCAUAUGAAUGUGGAACUUCCACUGCUAGCUCAGGACUAACAGAGGUGAGCACCACCCAGGGCUCGCUGGAUCCUGGGGACUUUAAUUUGUAAUAAUACCGCGUGUUUGAAAAUCAAGCAAAUGUUAUAAUUUUGAUGAUUAAACAUUGUAUGUCGUUCGUUGCAACACGACUCCUGCUAUGCACAGAAGACUUAAGAGGGUGUGGUUUAAGAAAAUAAAAAAGCGCGUUGGAGAAUAUUAACGAAAAUGUCGCGCUGACUUCGCGUGACCCUUCGACCUCUUGUGACGAAACACCACUACGGACGCGUUUGUGUUAUGGGUGAUUUGACAAGUACGGUAGUUGCAGUUAGCGUUUGCGCAAUUAUAACGGCCCAUUCUCAAAACUCCUUGUACGGCGGUCAGCAAUGCCACGGUACGGCACGGCGCAAUCGUACGUUGUGCCCAUCCAGAGGUCGGCUGAAUGUUUCGCGUUAAACGCUUUGUGGAGGUUAGAGGUUGACUCGAGACGAUGAUCGUUCACGUGGUUGCAACGUUAAUGUUCGUAAGUAAAUAAAUAAACUGCAACAAAACGAG